CUGGCGCUGGAUUCGGGGGAGAAGGCGACGGAGUAUGCGGAGGUGCCGGUGGAUGAAGGAAGCGCUGUCAACUCUGACUUCAUCAUCGACGCCGCUAACGAGUACCUGUACGUCAUGACGGAGCACAAGCUGAGCAAGCUGAGAGUGGAGACGUGUGAGCAGUAUGCUGACUGUGGCCAGUGUGUCGGCUCGGGGGAUGCCCACUGCGGCUGGUGCUACUCCGACAUCAACCCCCGCUGCACGCCGCGGCGUGAGUGCAACACGGACUGGGUGUACUACCGCACCGGUGACUGCAUGCUCAUCAAGGACGUACUCCCACACAGCCUCCAGGUCACCAAGAAGAAGACGCUGACGAUCCACGUCGAGAACCUCCGCGCGCACACGGCGGAGCUGCAGUGCGUCUUCUACGCCGGCGCCACCUACGUGCUGACGGCAGCCAAUCGGACGGCGGUGGACACGAUCCAGUGUUCGACGCCGGACACCAGGCGGCUGAAGGCUAUUCCCAUCCCGCCGGUCGGCAGAGUGAGCGUGUAUAAGUGUGAGAAGAUGGGACGCCAGUGCGGCGAGUGUCUGCGCACGGACGCCAUGUACGCGUGCGGCUGGUGCGGUGGCGCCACCUGCAGUACGGAGAAACAAUGCCGGCCAGCCGACUGGUUCAGUCUGAGCAACGACACGAUUUGUCCGAAUCCAACCAUUACGUCCUUUUCGCCGAGCUCGGGUCCGAUAGAGGGCGGCACCGUUGUCGUCAUCGACGGCUACAACCUGGGUCUCGCGUUCGACGAUGUCGAUCCGUACGUGACGGUGGGAGCGAGCGCGUGCGACUGCGGCGCGCACCGCGACGCAUACAUCCCCGCGCGCCGCGUCGUCUGCACCGUGGGGAGGUCACGCGGCGGGGUCACGCGAGGUCACGUCCGGGUCGCCGUCCGCGGCGACAGCCGACACGUGGCCGAGUCGCGGGAGCAGUACGCGUACGUCGACCCAGAGGUCGCCACCGUGCGGCCGCGCCGCGGCCCGAUGUCCGGCGGCACGACGCUGACCGUCGAGGGGCGCCACCUGGACGCUGGGUCCCGCGUCGCCGUCACGCUAGGUGGCGCUGCCAUCGGGGAUGCAGCAGGCGGCGUCGCUGACAGCACAGGGGGCGCCACCGUCUCGCUAGGGGGCGCCGGCAGCGCGUGCGAGGUCGUGGCGCGCAACGCGACGCACGUCGUCUGCGUGACGGCGGCGGCAGAGGUCGCGGGAGCGGCGACCUUGACGGUGACCUUGGACGGGGCGUCGCGCGGCGGCGGCGGCGGCGGCGGGGAGGAGUUGGCGUUCGUCUACACGGAUGAUCCGGUCGUCAACGCCACCGAGUCAGCGGUCAGCGGGAGAGAGCCGGGAGGCGUACCCAGCGGGGGUCUGGAGGUGUUCGUACGCGGCGAAAACCUCGACGUCGUUCAGCAUCCGCAGCUUCUCGUUGCCAUCGACGACGAGGAGUACUCGCAUCCCUGCGUCGUCGCCAACGACACGAUGAUGACGUGCAAGACGCCGACCUUCCCACAGAGCAAAGCGCCCUCUGGUGACAAACCUCGAGCGGUGGAUUAUGGGUUCAUCAUGGACGGGGUAACAAGUCUCCGCAAUCUCUCCGCUGUGCAGUUCGGCAAGUUUCAUCUCUACCCCGAUCCCGUCGUUCACAACUUUAGCGAAGACGGCCGUAUCAAGCUCUACAAGACAGACUACCUAGCUAUCAGCAUCGACAAUGCGUGCGAGAUCUGCAACCGCGCCGACUUCUUCGAGGUCCGCAUCGGGCGCCGCGUCUGCAACGUCACGUCCGUCGCUCCAAACCUCAUCAACUGCGUGCCGCCUGGCGAGCAGCCGGAGCCGGUGGCGCCACCUGUCGGCGCGACCCGCCGAGACAAGCGCAAGCAUCUGCCAGAAGUCAUUGUGAUCGUUGGCGGCACGCGCCGCUACGUGAUUGGCUACCUCGAGUACGACACGGAGCGACCGGUGCUGCCGCUGUGGGCGGCGGCGGCGAUCAGCGGCGUCGGAUUGGCUCUCAUCGUCGCCAUCGUCGUCGUCGUCGUCAAGUACUGCCGGAAGAAGCGCGAGAGCAAGAAGGUCGUGCGUGGCAUGCAGCAGCAGAUGGACCAGCUAGAGCUGAAGGUCGCCGCAGAAUGCAAGGAAGGGGAGGAGGUGAGGCAGGGGUGA